GAGGCGGGCGAAGGCGGAAGCAGACGGCACAAUAAUAAACAAAGUUAGCUGUUUUUCGCAUGUAUAGCUAACGUUUUAUUCAAAUGUAUUUAUUUUCACUUGUAGCUCAUAUAUUUUUAGAUAGUUGCGUCGGUUUUACGUGUUUUUACUAUAACUUCUUAUCAAAACAGAGUAGUUGCCGUUAACUAAUCUAAUUCCGUAGUUAGUUUAGUAGUUUUUCCUGACCAAUUAAGUGCCAUGUCGAUAUUUAGCGUACAGGCAAGGAAGCACACGGCAUUUUAUGACAAUCUUCUGUCAGCAACAACGCCCAGGACAGUCGGCAAAGAACGACUGGCAGGGAAAAAGGGAACAGACGCGUCUCUGGGAAAGAGUGACAUAUCCAGUGCAGAAUCUGCGUGUGAAUACAGCAGGUCGUCGGAUAAAAGCCGUCUGGCAAACAGGACCCCUGUGACUUCAGCGCUGCCAAGGAGCGGUAACGGGCACCAUACUCCUUACAGAGGCCGACUCACUCUACAGAGAAGAUCAAGGUGGAAGACAGGGGCUGAAACAGCGGAUAAGACCAUGGCUGAAAGCAGCCAGAACACCACCCCAGCUCCGGAGAAGAGACUCACUCUGCAGCGCAGGACGAGGACACCCUCAAUGGAUAAAAGUGUUCGUGGCCAGCGUGGUGUGAGCAGCUCAGCCCAACAGCCAACGCAGAAGGUCCUGAGUGAGCCAAACGGCAGGACUCCAAGUUUAUUCAGAUCUAUGAGUUUAAGAGAAACUGCCGCUAAGUGCAAGGAAGCCCAGACUGAAACUCUGGGGAUGGUAGCACAAGGCAAAACGCCCUAUUCUUCAUCCUCAUCUGCAGGUACAUAUCUGGAGGACCAGGUGCAAACUUUUAAAACACCCACCAAAAAGACACCUUUUGAGAAAAUCGCUGCCAAGAGAGAGGUUUUUGAGAAACUGGCAAGUAAAGAAGUUCCCAAAUCGGUAGCGGUCAAAUCUGCAAGUCUGGAGAGGCCCAAAGCUCGAGCCCAGCAGGUGGAAGUCUCCAAACCUGUGCCUGCUCCCCGGAUUGCCAGGACCAACGCAGGCCUGCACAAGCUUAGCAAUCCGGCCAACUCAACCCAAAAGGGAGAUGUGACCCUGAUCAAAACCUCUGCCACCACUCCAGCCCACAGUGAACAACUCCUGUCCCAUCCCAGUGAGACCUCCCAGCAACGGGACUCCCUUAAGAUGGAGAACAGUGCAGUGACCGUGGCUGUCCGUGUCCGGCCUUUCAAUGCCAGGGAGAAAGCAGAGAAGACUUUGCAGGUUAUCUUCAUGAAGGGACAGGAGACUGUUGUCCAGCAUCCACAGUCCAAGAAAAGCUACUCUUUCAUGUACGACUUCUCUCUUUGCUCUUUGGAUGAAAAUGACCCCAGCUUUGCCAGCCAACGGGCAGUGUAUGAAUCACUGGCCAGACCUCUGCUGCUGAGGGCCUUUGAAGGAUUUAACACCUGCCUGUUUGCUUAUGGCCAGACAGGUUCUGGCAAGUCAUACACGAUGAUGGGCUUUGAGGAGGAGGCGGGUGUUAUCCCACGUUUCUGUCAGGAGCUUUUUGCAAAACUGGCCUCUAUGGAAAAUCAAGAGGUCAAAUGUCAUGUGGAGAUGAGCUACUUUGAAGUGUACAAUGAGAAGAUCCAUGACCUGCUGGUGACCAGAGAUGAGCCAAACCAGAGGACAAUGCCGCUGAGGGUGAGGGAGCAUCCGGUCCAUGGUCCCUAUGUUGCUGAGCUCUCUGUGAAUGUGGUGAGCUCUUACAGUGACAUUCAGGGAUGGCUGGAACUUGGUAAUAAGCAGAGAGCCACAGCUGCAACUGGAAUGAAUGACAAGAGCUCGAGAUCUCACUCUGUUUUCACCCUGGUUAUGACUCAGACUAAAACUGAGUUUGUGGAGGAGGAGGAGCAUGACCACAGUAUCACCAGCAGAAUCAACUUGGUCGAUCUGGCCGGUAGCGAACGCUGUAACUCCGCCCAGACAAGUGGAGAGAGACUCAGGGAGGGUGCUAGCAUCAACAAAUCCCUGCUUACACUUGGAAAAGUCAUCUCCGCCUUAUCAGAACAGGCACUGAGCAGGAAGAAGGUGUUUAUCCCAUACAGAGAGUCUGUCCUUACAUGGCUGUUAAAAGAGAGCCUGGGUGGUAACUCCAAAACUGCCAUGAUUGCUACUGUGAGUCCGGCGUGCGGCAACGUGGAAGAGAGCUUGAGCACGCUGCGCUACGCCCAGCAGGCCCGUACUAUCAUAAACAUGGCCAAAGUCAAUGAGGACACAAGUGCCAAACUAAUCAGAGAGCUGAAAGCAGAGGUGGAGAAUCUGCGAGCUGCUCAGAUGAGCUCUCAGGGUGUCGAGCCAGAAAGAGUCAGGCUAUUCCAGCAGGAAAUUACCACCCUGAAGAACAAACUCUCUCAGCAAGAGAGAGAGAUGGUCGAAGCCAACCGGGCAUGGAGAGAAAAAUUUGAGCAAGCAGAAAUCCGUAAACGUGAAGAGACCAAGGAGUUACAGAAAGUGGGUGUGACAUUCAAAGUUGACAACCGUCUUCCCAACCUGGUGAAUCUGAACGAGGAUCCUCAGCUGUCUGAGAUGCUUCUCUACAUGAUCAAAGAGGGCCAGACCACAGUGGGCAAGCUCAAACCUGGCUCCAAGCAUGACAUCCAGCUUUCUGGAACUCUCAUUGCUGACCAACAUUGUGUGAUAUCCAACAUCCACAAUACUGUAAGCAUCAGUCCUAUGGAAAAUGCCAAGACCUUUGUAAAUGGAAACCUCAUAUCUGCAGCCACUGUCUUACAUCAUGGCGACAGGGUUAUCCUCGGGGGAGACCACUACUUCCGCUUCAAUCAUCCAGCAGAGGUGCAAUCUGGGAAGCGGGUAUCAUGCUGGACAAGCGCAGGCGAUGGCCAUAAAGACUUUGAAUUUGCCAAAAAUGAGCUGCUUGCUGCUCAAAGAGCAAAACUUGAAGCAGAAAUUGAAGAGGCCCAUUUAAAAGCAAAAGAGGAGAUGAUGCAGGGAAUUCAGAUGGCAAAAGAGGUGGCUCAAAAGGAGCUUUCAGACCAGAAAAGUCUUUAUGAAAAUAAGAUCCGAGCCCUGGAGAGAGAGCUGAAUGAAGAGAAUGAGCGAAAGCGUCAGCAGGAGUUAAACCAGCAGAGGGUGGUAAAUCAGAUGGCAGAGCUGAAGGUGGCCAAGCUGGAGCUGGAGCAGGAGGUAGACACCCAGAAGAAACGCCUCCGACUCCACAUGGAGGCCCAGGCUAUGGAGGAACGUCGAGUAUGCCAAGCAAAGAUUGUUGAGGCCCUGGAGGCGGAAAAGAAGAAGAUUGGCAAAGAGCUGGAGGAGAUGCAAAAGAAACGAGCUCUGAAAGCUAGCCAAACUCCAAGAAAGGCCUCUCCACAUUGGGAUGCCAUGAAGUUGUCUUUAAUGAUUGAGGAAGCAAAUAAAGUCAGUGCUAAAUUGAAAAAACACACAGUCUUCAGCAGGCAUGAGAGUGCUGAGAAUGAGAACCCGGAACAAGGUGCCGUGCAGGUGCGGGUUCAAAACACCAAGCUGGGAAUCUGUACUUUCUGGAGCCUGGACAAGUUUCAGAACAACGUGGCUGCCAUGAGGGAGCUGGAACAGAUGGAGUCAACCUCUAAAGAUGACGAUGUGUUUUAUGACCCUGAUGAUGAGUGGGAGCACGAUAUAUCAGCCUCCUCUGCUUCUACGUUGUCCUUUUCUCGCCGAAGGAGCAGGAGUCUUCUUAAGAGCAGAAGAAUCUCAGGACGGCUGUACGAGAUCCGGGUCCAUCCAAUUCAGAGCCUCCACACCGGCUCCUCGGGGUCAGCUGGGUUAAUGGGUGUGAGCAAACAUCCCUCCACCCACUGCAGCACUACAGACACUGCUUUUGCUGGCAUCUGCAAGGAGCUGAUUGGCCAAUCAGUGUCCCAUCUACGUAGAUACAGUGGGGUAGAAGAAACCCUUGCGGACAGACUGAUCUCUGAUCUGAAUCAAAUUUACAUGGCGGUCCAAACUAUAUGCGACUUGCAUGAUAACCUGGAUGAUGACAGCCAGGAGAGCGUGUUUGCAUGUAACAAAGUGGCACAGACUGAGCUGGUCAAAGCCACCACUGCAAUAGACAGUGCAGCGUUUGUUACCAUGCAGUGGUUGUCCAGUGUCAAACCCAACUCUGGCCUGCUCUACACCAUCGCUGAGGAACUCAAGAGCCAAGUCAAGAGGAUGGGAGGUUUCUUCCAGAUGCUUAUUCAGGGUUGUGAAUCUGAGAUCACAUCAAUGGUGACUGAGGCACGAAGGAAGAGCAGCCAGUGUCUGGAUGCAGCCUUACUUGCGCUAGGCCACAUGGCUGUGGUGACGGGCAUGCCGCUGAACAUCAUGGGACAAGGCACUCAGGCCACAGGCAAGCAAUCAAUGGUCACUAUCUUGGUGAAGGGAACAUAUAAGGGUGUCCAGUCUCUUUUAGAAGAGAGCCUUGCCAUCACCAAAGAAAUGUUGAGAGACGCUCAGCUGGCCUAUCCCAGAAACCCAGUUCUGCAGAGCUUAAAAUCCAAAACUCUCGAUACAGCUCAGGCCCUCCAGAGAUACAUAAAUUGUCAUAUUUCGGUAAAGGAAUCUGACCAACAGGAGAUGGAGCAGGGACAAGAGGAGGCCUCAGUUGCUCAUUUACAGAAACUGAGGAUUGCAUCCACCAAACUGUUCCAUCUGAACCAGGCCAUCCAACAGCUGCAUGCCUGUCUGUCAUCAGCCUUACGAGACAGAAAUUCUGAUCUCAGCAGCAGCAGAGAGCAGAUCUCCUCCUCUGCUAAGAUUGUGGAUGAUCUGAUCACUGGCCUAUCCAAGGAGGGAGCAGGAACUCCGUCCCUGCAGCUUCCAUGCCUUCAAACCGUGUUGUCUGCACGAGACGAGCUCCUCUCUGCCCUGCGCGACCUCUCUUCUUUCUCCUCCUGGAGCCAACAGGGAGAAAGCAGAAGCUCAGCUGGUUCUGAGCAGAGUACGAAGAAUGGCUCACUGACCAAAGAUGGAGUUAUCAAACAUAGUUCUGUGAGAAAUAGGGUUGUAAGUAAGAUGGUUUACUCCCUUGACCAAGCUGAGCAGUGCAGUGUUAGCCCACACUGGGUGUAGUGUGUGUUUGUUCGUUAGUGAUAAUCAACACCAUAAUCUAUGGAUUUCCUUAAAAAAAGAAGAUAAAUUCUAGACAUGAGGACAAAUGUGUUGACCUGCUUUGGUAAUUUUUCUUUAACUUUAUGUAACAGGCAGCAAAUACUUUGGAAACGGCAGGAUGGCAACAUCCACUGAUUGUAAUUGUUUUUACACAGGAACUCGUCUAAUGUCUGUGUAACUGGUCCUUUAUAAGUCAUGUUAAUACAGCCAGUGUUUACUGCUGGUUUUGUUGUUGUUUUUUUCUCCACCAACCACAGCAAAACCUCUUCCCAAAAGACUAAAGUUAUUUUUGAGCUGUGCACACCAGAAUCUGUAGAGUUUAACUGAAAAUUCUGGUGGAUAAACAUUAUUCUGGGUAAAUGACUAUAAGGCAAAUAUUACUCUCCGCUGGGCCAGACUAUCAUUCAAUACAUUUGCAUGACAUCAGAAGAGGGAGAAUGAUUGUGCAGUUCAGACUAAAAUUUGACAGUAAAGAUGUACAUAUCAAAUUGUAUCAAGUCUUAUUUCUCAAAGUUGGACUAUGAUACCCAGCUUAUUUGCUCAGGGUUUUUCUUUGCAUGCAAUGAAUUGGCACCAAACUGGCCUGGGCUGCCGUUUCUAUCACUAGCUUGAACAAAAAAGUCACAGAAGAUGCUACAACUGAUGGUUUAGACAAAAUAUUUGUUUAAUUUUUAUUCUAUUUAAUUAAAAUUUUCUAAUGUUGUUUUGAGAAAAUGAAAAGAAAGACUGUAGAAAGUGUGCAGAGCUGUAAAGCUCACAGAUUUUCUGCUCAACAUGGUACAAAUAUUGUAAACUCCAUUUGAUACUUCUGUUUAAAGUUAUAAGUGUGUUAGCUUAACAGUAAAUAGCUUUUCAGAAUAGAAUUGGACGUCCAGGGUUUGCAUGUUGGAACUCAGUCAGUAUUUCAGUUGAAGAGCAGAAUUACUGUGCUGUAUUUUUUAGAGGCAACUAAAUGCUUUUUUUGGGCUAUAUAUCAUAUACACUUUAGUACCAAGCAGUUCAGCUAAGCAGACUAUGCAGAAUGCAUAUUUUGUUACUGUAUUAGCCAAAACCUUUGCUCUUGUAUAUUGUGUAACGCACCAACAUUUGCACUCUGAUAUUUAGAAAUCCUGUUAGCACUACACACGUAAACAAAAUGCUGUUUUAUACCUUUUUUGUGACCUGUAUAUGUAUUUAAAAAAGAAUGAAUAAAAAUGGAUGUAACAUUGCC